AUGCAGUUCAUGCAGCUAUCCACGCUGCUUGUGCUGCCAGUCCUGGGCCUAGUAGCCAUUCCACUCUUUCUCUCAGCAUGGGUCACCGUUUCCUUCGCGCUGCUGACGCUGUUCAUCCGGCUGACAAUCGUCUACCUGGAGCUCGGAUACGGCCUUGUCACUAGCUAUUUUGUCAUCCCAACUUCAUCGACAUCCUCCCUGUUGACCUUCGCUCUCUCUGAACCACCGACCCCCGCUGGUCCAUCCAGACGGAACUCUGGCUCGAGCCGAACCCAGUCACGCAAGACCCAUGAGGGCAACGAUGUGGCGCUCGCUCUCCGAGGCCUGAGCGACACCCCAGAUGACCACCUUAGUGGGAGAAGAGCCUCCUAUGCCCGCAGUAUGGCCGCCGCCCACGAUCUGCCGGCUACCGCGCCUCUAGGCUUGGUCAGUGGCGACGCGCGGCGGGAUUUCGAAGGCGUGGGCGGCUGGCGCUCAUACUCAAGCUCCUCACGAGCCUUCAAGCACCGCGGGGGUCUAGUUUCUCACGAGAAGCCCUCAAGCUCUGUGUCAUCCUCGUCGGCACACAGCGCCAGCGCGGACUUCGGUCCCAACGCGAAUGCCGAUGCCGAUGAACGCGCCUGGCUUUCUUUAAACCAGCGUCUUGAGCUGCCAUCCCAUCUGGUCACCCUGGGAAGUCCGGAUUCCAUCCCCGCAUCCGCUGUGAACAGCCCGAGCUACGCCGAUGCCGACUCUGGAAAUAGCUACCCAGCUCUAAUGCCGCCGACCACCAGUGCUGCUUCCGGACACGCCUCCUCUCAUCUGCAGCCCGGAGCGCCCCGCCACCACCAUCCCUCCCGCACGACCUCCUCGCUGCCGGUGAUCGGCCGGCGGUCCGGAGGCGGAGGACUUUCGCUCGCGCUAUCGACCCGACCCGAUGUUAGAGAUUAUCCCUAUACCCACGCCGUGUCCCCAUCCAUGGCGCGGCUUGUCGCCCCGUUCAUGACACCCCAGCCCUACCCAUCUUCCCGGGUCUAUUCACACGCCGGGUCAUUCUCACGGGCCUUGUCGGGACCCAGUGGCCCCCACACAACCACCUAUCUCCCUGGCUCUGUGGAUGGGGUUGUGACGGGAUUGGGUGAGAAUAGCAGCAGUUCUGGCGGAGGCUACUUCGCCCUUGGGUGGCCUGGAACCUAUAGCAACUAUUCGCUAUCGGGCAUGGCCAGUCCAAGUCGCAGUGGGUACACGACUCCAGGGAUCGGUGUCUCAACUGAGGAUCGCGAUGCAACGCUGCAUCUGAGCCGGUCGAUGGCACAUUAUCCCGUGGGCGUUCGGCAUCGCAGAAGUAGCAUCUCGGGACCACAUGCGCGAAGGAUGUCUGCUGGCGAAUGA